AUGCCUGUCGCCAGCACAAACUCCGCUGCGAUGGUCGUGACGAAAAUGGCGGAUCCUGCUCUAGAUGUCGCAAGAUGCAUCGAAAAUGCGUCAUUACACCGAACCUCCAGCGCCGUAACCGUCAAACCUGAGUUGGAGCUGGAAAUAAGUAGGCUUCGUGAGCAGGUCACGUCGUUGCCCCAAAAUGUCCCGCCGGUUGAGUGUGCCGCCACCUCUACUGCGUUUGUAGAUAGACAGUCCAGCGUCAUCUCAACAGACUCUAACCAAGAUCUCGUAGCGGGCCAAGAGCCCGCCACCAUCGAAACAGAAACAGUCUGUGCGAACAUGGUCGCCCCUGGAAUCUUCCAUCAAGAAGCCGGUCAUAACUCCAUGGCAGAAGCUGGCGGGCUAAAGCAGUUGAGCCAGAUCGGCCGUUCAAAUGCGACAUACGUCACACACACCAGCACUUGUUAUACUUCCAAAGGAAAGGAACCUUCUUAUCAAGAUACAGAUGCAAGUUCAAGCACAAGUAAAUACGUCCCGCGAACGAUAGCGGGUAGGGAGUUCAGUGCCAGUAAACUUGCGGGCUGUAUCUCUUGCUUUUUCUCAUCCUACGCGCAAAACGUUCCCGGCUUAGUUGAUACGCUUAAUGACCCAAUGCACCUCUUCAUCUACUCCGAGUUUCUCUUUUGGACCAUCGUCUACAUCGGUUCCAGAAAAUUCACCAAAGACCCGACCAUCGUUGAGUUUCUCGCCAAACCCCUGGGGAUCCUCGCACAGCAGUGUUUAUUUGAGCCUGAUCAAGCCAUUCCCAGUAUCCAAGCUGCCAUUCUUAUCUGUCUCUGGCCCUUGCCGGACGACACCAACUGUGCGCUCCGUUCGCAUGCCAUGGCUGGAGCUGCCAUGCAACUGGCACUGCAGAAGGGCCUGCCAUUUGCCUCAAGAAAGCAGGACUUCUUUCGAAUUUCUCUAGGGCAGUCUGAAAAGGAUGAGACAUUUCGUGCCAGGCUCUGGGCCUAUUGCGUCAUGGUAUUCCAGGGUGGUAAUAUUUAUGACGGAUUUCUCUGCACGAUGGGCGUGGAUACAAUCCAUCUCGAUCGAAAUCUGUCGGUUUUUAGUGACUUUUCUCCGCUAGUCGCAUACCAGUAUCAGCUCCAUCACAUUCACGUUGAGGCUAUCACUGCUAUACUCAACGUCAUGGACCCUGUUACCAACAAACAUGAUCAUCUCCUUAACUCAUUGGUUAAUCAAUUCGAUAACGAAGCUCAACGCGUUGUCUGCGAGCCCGAGGACAAUUUGACCUGCCAUGCUCUGGCCAGUGUCCGACUACUCAUACGAGCAUUUCACUUUUUCAGUGCGCCAAAUUCACAGCGCAAUUCGGGCAUCCUGCAAGCGUACUUCAUCGCGUGCGAAGUCAUCAAGAUCGCGUCUCAACUGGAUCACAGCAGCGACUUUGGCCUAUACUGUACCAGCAUGCAAUACCGGGUACUGGCUCUGUCGGCUGUCAUAAUUCUUCGCGUCCUUCGAAGCAGCCUCGGUGCACAGGUUGAUGCAGACGCGGGAGAAAGCAUAGUAUUUGAGGCAAUUCGUCUCGCCAGGCGACGCAGCAUCCGAAACGACGAUCUCGAAGCUCGGAAUGCGUUAAGACUGACGCAGCUAUGGUCGUCUGACCGAGCUUUUUUGUACAGGGACGGUACGCGCGAUGGCCUGCGGCUUCUACUCCAUGCCCGUUUACCAAAAGACGGGCAGCAACCAUUGGAUCCAGCAGAUACAUCAACAGCAAAUGCCGUGGCUAUCCAAAAUGUCAUUGAGGGCCGGGAAACCAUGGGUCUGACGGGUUCAGAGUCGCUCGAAAACGCGACUUUCUUCGGAGACUUACCGGACUGGAACUGGGAAGAGCUUCAAGAUGGACUAUUACAUUCGUUGACAAUGGCUAUAUAG